AUGUGGCGGCUGCCGCAGGAGGAGGUCGACUGGAUCCUCUCCCAGUCGAACGAACCUGUCGAUCCUGAGAUCCGGGCCCUGAAGCACGCCAAUCCAUCGCUGGUGCCGUCGCCGGAGGAGGAGAAGGACGACUUCACGGUGCUCCUCUACAAGUGUGCCAGACAAUGCUACGAGGAUGAAGAGAAGUUCGCCAAAUUCCAAGCUUGGGUCCGCUGCGAGUACGCCUCCAAAGGAUUCGUGGAGGUCGGCUAUGACUACUUCGGUGAAAGAGCCGAAGCAUUUAGGCUGAGCGACGAAGCACGCGACGAGGUGUUCAAAGACUGGGAUCUCUCUUCAGACAGCGAGGACGACGAGGCUUGCAAGCUUGUGAAGAGGAAAGUUAGGAGUUUUUUCUGAAACAAAACAUUGUAUGAUUUAUGCUAAGAGGCGAUGUCUUGUCGCUUGUCACGACAUCCAAGUUGUCUUAUCUUGAUCCUCUACAGCAAUUAAAUGUGCUUCAAUUUUUGAAUAAUUCACCUCUUUAGAAUACUA